AUGCGGCCUGUUGCUCCUGUCCACACGCUGGCGCAAUGGGACCGGAUCUCUGCCGCUUGCUCGCGGGAAGCUGACGUGACACUCCCCGUGCCCCGCAUGCUUGUGCCAAUGACGGAGACGCAAUCCCCGGCUGCUCCUGUGGACCCGGUCUUUGGUCUGGUUUACAUGGUCAAAGCGGGCAGCGGCACGAUGGCGCGCCAGCUAUUGAACUUUGCAAUACCAUCGGGGUGGCCCGUUUCUAAUGCUGGCGUAAAGGCGCAGAACAAAAGCGUAAAGUUCGCCGAGCAUGGGCAGUUUUAUCGCUCACGGUAUCGGGUUGUCUUGGGAUCCGCGACCUUGAGCAACUUGCACCUCGUAGGUCGCCCAGAGAUGGUGAUCACCACCCUGCGCGAGCCGGUGGAUCGAGCCAUCUCGCUAUUCAACUACAACUGCGUGUGCAACAUCGAGAACAAGGUCAGGAGCGCCAAUUGCACCGACACAUUCACCGCCUACGCGAGGAUGGAGGCCACCACCGUCAUCAACACUCUGCUCCGAGGUUCGGGCGACGACACGUACGUGGAAGAGCGCGGUAGAGGCGGCCUGGCACUCCAAGCGCUGAGGUGCUUCAACAGGUCCUCGCCAGAAACCUCGACGGGGCUGGAGAACCUGCUCCUCGAGCUGCUACAGGUGCAGCUGAUGGCGCCCUGUGUCAGCGUGCUGCCGCUGCACGAGCUCCAGCACUCGCUCUCGCUGCUCAACGAGCGCUUGCGUCCUUAUAACCUAUCGCUGGACGAGUACGCCCCCAAACACAACAGCCUGUACACCCACCGAUGCUCGGAGGGCCAGAGAAGCUCAGGGAAAUGUCAAGCGUGCCCAAAGGAGCGCAUGGCCAUGCUUCUCGACCCGGGCGACCACGCCGUGAGAAAUGCAAUACGAAUGCAGACCACGUCGGAGCCGGUUGUGCGAGUCUCCCAUCGGCUCUGGGACUGGUUCAAUCGGAGUAGCCAGUCGGUCGGGGGCGCGACGACGCUUCCCAGGGAAGCACUCACGCGGCCUGCCACCAUGCGGAUUCGAGUCAAGUCCGUCACGGGCGAGGAGGUUGAGGUCUCGGUGGCGGACGACGGAUUGGUGGCCGAGCUCAAGGCCGCGCUGGUGGCAGCACGAGCGGAGUGGCAGCCAUCGUCGCGUCUCCGCAUCGCGUGCAACGGCGCCAUGCUUGACGACGCAUCGCCCCUGGCGGAUGCGGUGAAUACAGGCGGCCGCUUCAUCGUCGUCGUCGGAAGUGCUCCGCCGGUCACGCCGCAAGCACCGCCCGCCGAUGUGCUGCCCGCGGUGCCGCCACCGUCGCUCGACGAGCUCUUCAGCCUCGCAUCGCCGGCGGCGCUGGGCGUGCUGCUCAAGCUUGCGAGCAACGUGCUGGGUGCGCCGGACGAGGCCAAGUUCCGCAGGGUCCGCCGCGGCAACCAGAUGGUCGCUGGCAAGGUGCUCUGCCACGCCAAGGGAGAGGUGUGGCUGGCGGCACUUGGCUUCGAAGCCGCGCCCGCCAGCGCGGGCGGCGUGGAGGCGGCGGACGAGGACAUUCCCCUCGUGACCACCAUCUCUGCGGCGGCGUUGCGCCCGGUGCAUGCGGCACUCACACGGGCGGUCGACGGGGCGCGGCCGUCGCGCGUCUGCGUCGCCAAGGGAUGGGUUGUGCACGGGCUGUGCAUCGAGCUGGGCGACGGCUCCCGCUGCGGCGCCUUCCUCGAGAAUGACGGCAGCCGGAUGGACCUCACCGACGACGCCGGCCUGGCCCGCCGCGGCGGCGCAUGGCACGAGGCGGAGGCGGGCGAGCGGCUCGUGGCGGUGCGCGGGCGGAACUCGGCGAUGGGGUACUUGUGCGGCGAAGUCCACCUGGUCCUGUCGUCGGGGCGGACGCUGCCGAUCGUCGGCGAGAACGCCAGCGUGUUCGGCGCGUCCUUUGAGUAUGCCGUGCCACCGCUCGACGAGCUUGCUGACAUCCUCUUUGCCGACGGAAAGUGCGUCGGGAUCACGCUACGCUCCGAGGCGCUCCAACGGCAGGCGGCCGCCACGCAGUCCGCCAACCCGCAGGGCGCUAAAAGUCCUCCUCCGCCGCCGGCCGAGCUCGAGCGGCCACGCGUCCUCCAUUCCGUCGCGCAGCUCCACUCUUGGGCCGCUGCGCGCGCGACGGAAGCGCCGCGGCCGCGCGCGCCCACCGCGCCGACGACUGCGCUGCCCAAGAGGCCGCGCGCGCUGGCCUGCCACGACUGCCGCGGCGGGUACAACCCUCUCGCCGACGACGAGUACCUGAACUGCUUCCGCGGGUGGGAGGCCGUCGACGUGUUCGUCUACUUUGGCCACCACCGCGUCUCGAUGCCGCCCCGCGUGUGGGCAUGCCACGCGCGCAGUCUGCCGUGCCUCGGCACGCUCAUCGUGGAGGGAGACGCGCCGAGCGAGGCGGCGGGGAUGGGAGCGGUGCACGAGCUGCUCGAGCUGCUCACGGUCUGCCUCAAGCAGCGGGCCCUCGUCCUCGUGUACGAUUCCCUCGACCGCACCGGGCGCGUGCGCUACCAGAACAGCCUCGCCCCAGACAACAAGGCCGCCUUCGACGCGUGCGAUGGCCUCUUCACCAACUACUGGUGGGGCGCGAAGCAGCUGGCGCAGUCUGUGGCCCUCGCCGGCGCGCGACGAUCGAUCUGCGCCUGGCCGCGGUUGGGCGAGGUCGCGCCUCCGUGCCCCGCCGCGUCGCGCGCGGUCGCAAACGGAAGCUCGCUCAGCUGCAGCGUGCGCCGCCCGUUCCAGUACGACUGGAGCACCUCACCGGCCGAGGUGGCAAAGGUGAAGUCGUCCGUCUUGACCGUGAGCGACCACGGGCAGAUGCGCAGUUUGCUGAAGCUGCUCACGAGCACCGUGCCGCGCGCCGCGCCGCCGGGCGGGAAGUACGACAGGUUGGUUGACGGGCUGCGCAACGAGACAAACUCGGUCGGGCGCGCGCUGAGGACGUUGUGGCAAAAGAGCUCGAGUGGCGGCUGGGACCGGUCGCCGUGCGCCCAGAGGCGGUACUCGCCGUCCGCGCCCGACGGCUCGUCCGCGCCGCCCUCGAUGCGGAGCUUGACCGCCACGUCGCGUGCGCAUGCCGGAGUGAGCGCGCGCAACGCGAGGCAGAUGCCGCGCCACUCGUGGCACACCUCGCCCACUCGGUCGAGCUCGCCCGCGCUGAUGAGGCACCCGGCGGCCACCGCGCGCGUCGUGCUGCGCGAGAGCAGAGGGAAGAUGUGGAGGAGUACCACGUCUGCCGGAAGCGACAGCUGA